ACUCCCCCCUCCCCCCGUUUUGUUAAUUAAAACUAAGAAGUAAGAAUGGCAACGACGUGGCCGGCUCCCGUGGAGAACGCUUAAGGACACCACGCCAAUUCCUUCCUUCCGAGAUGGAAAGAGGAGCUCCUAGCUCAUUUAAGCCGGGGUAGGGCUGGUUCUCCUUUCCGAGCCAAAAUCCCAGGCGAUGGUGAAUUAUGAACGUGCCACACCAUGAAGCUCUUGUGGCAGGUAACUGUGCACCACACCUGGAACGCCGUCCUGCUCCCCGUCGUCUACCUCACGGCGCAAGUGUGGAUUCUGUGUGCAGCCAUCGCCGCUGCCGCCUCCGCCGGGCCCCAGAACUGCCCAUCCGUUUGCUCGUGCAGUAACCAGUUCAGCAAGGUGGUGUGCACCCGUCGGGGCCUCUCCGAGGUCCCUCAGGGUAUUCCCUCCAACACCCGGUACCUCAACCUCAUGGAAAACAAUAUCCAGAUGAUCCAGGCCGACACCUUUCGCCACCUCCACCACCUGGAGGUCCUGCAGCUGGGCAGGAACUCCAUCCGGCAGAUCGAGGUGGGGGCCUUCAACGGCCUGGCCAGCCUCAACACCCUGGAGCUGUUUGACAACUGGCUGACAGUCAUCCCCAGUGGGGCCUUUGAGUACCUGUCCAAGCUGCGGGAGCUCUGGCUUCGCAACAACCCCAUAGAAAGCAUCCCCUCUUACGCCUUCAACCGGGUGCCCUCCCUCAUGCGCUUGGACUUGGGGGAGCUCAAGAAGCUGGAGUACAUCUCUGAGGGCGCUUUUGAGGGACUGUUCAACCUCAAGUACCUGAACCUGGGCAUGUGCAACAUUAAAGAUAUGCCCAAUCUGACCCCCCUGGUGGGGCUGGAGGAGCUGGAGAUGUCAGGGAACCACUUCCCUGAGAUCAGGCCUGGCUCCUUCCACGGCCUCAGCUCCCUCAAGAAGCUAUGGGUCAUGAACUCACAGGUCAGCCUGAUUGAGCGGAACGCUUUUGAUGGGCUGGCCUCACUUGUGGAACUCAACCUGGCCCACAAUAACCUCUCUUCUUUGCCCCACGACCUCUUCACCCCACUGAGGUACCUUGUGGAGUUGCACCUACACCACAAUCCUUGGAACUGCGAUUGUGACAUUCUGUGGCUAGCCUGGUGGCUUCGGGAGUACAUACCCACCAAUUCUACCUGCUGCGGCCGCUGUCAUGCUCCCCUGCACAUGCGUGGCCGCUACCUGGUGGAGGUGGACCAGGCCUCCUUCCAGUGCUCUGCCCCCUUCAUCAUGGAUGCCCCUCGGGAUCUCAACAUCUCCGAGGGUCGGAUGGCGGAACUUAAGUGUCGGACUCCCCCGAUGUCCUCCGUGAAGUGGCUGCUGCCCAAUGGGACAGUGCUCAGCCACGCCUCCCGCCACCCGAGGAUCUCUGUCCUCAACGACGGCACCUUGAACUUUUCCCACGUGCUGCUCUCAGACACCGGGGUAUACACUUGCAUGGUGACCAACGUGGCAGGCAACUCCAACGCCUCGGCCUACCUCAACGUGAGCACGGCCGAGCUCAACACCUCCAACUACAGCUUCUUCACCACAGUCACAGUGGAGACCACUGAGAUCUCACCUGAGGAUACGACGCGCAAGUACAAGCCUGUUCCUACGACGUCCACUGGUUAUCAGCCGGCAUAUACCACCUCCACCACGGUGCUCAUUCAGACCACCCGUGUGCCCAAGCAGGUACCCGCGACAGACACCAAUGAUAAGAUGCAGACCAGCCUGGAUGAAGUCAUGAAGACCACCAAGAUCAUCAUUGGCUGCUUUGUGGCAGUGACUCUGCUAGCUGCCGCCAUGUUGAUUGUCUUCUACAAACUUCGUAAGCGGCACCAGCAGAGGAGUACAGUCACAGCCGCCCGGACAGUUGAGAUCAUCCAGGUGGACGAAGACAUCCCAGCGGCGGCGUCUGCGGCAGCAACAGCAGCUCCGUCCGGUGUAUCAGGUGAGGGGGCAGUAGUGCUGCCCACAAUUCAUGACCAUAUUAACUACAACACCUACAAACCAGCACAUGGGGCCCACUGGACAGAAAACAGCCUGGGGAACUCUCUGCACCCCGCAGUCACCACAAUCUCUGAACCUUAUAUAAUUCAGACCCAUACCAAGGACAAGGUACAGGAAACUCAAAUAUGACUCCCCUCCCCCCAAAAACUUACAAAAUGCAAUAGAAUGCACACACACACACGCACACACACACACACACACACACACACACACAAGACAGCAACUUUUGUACAGAGUGGGGAGAGACUUUUUCUUGUAUAUGCUUCUAUAUUAAAUCUACGGGCUGGUAAAAGAAACAGAUUAUAUUAAAAUUUAAAAACAAAAAUUCAAAACAAAACUA